UUCUGAGCUUACCGCCAUCUUGAAUCUGGCUGGUUUCAGUGAAUGAGAAGGGGGAAAAGGAACGAAGAGGAAUCGGAAGCUAAUAUCGCCAAGGAGAUACGUGACAGCUGCAGCGUUAGAACAAGUGUUCUCCUAAAAUAAGAGAGAACACGACCUGUCUGAGCGUCAUUUACAUCACCGACUGUACGUUUUGUUCUGUUUUUUCGGUCUUUUGGAUCGAGAGCAGCGAAGUUGUUUCGAGAGAGGAGUUUGUUGUAUUUGAAUCAGACUUGACACCCCAGCCGAAACCAGCUGCAACAGGACGUUCCUGUACUACUGGAGGAAGCCUACACACAUCACCUGUGUGCCACCCAGUGUCCAUCUAGACCCCACCAACCUUAGUGGACGUCCCGCACUAAUCGGUGCCCAACCUGCGUUAGAGGAAACUCGACAGGAUCGGGAUGAAAACAAACAACAGUUAUGGAACGGCGUGAAAACAAGUGAAUCCCCUAAUUGUGCAUUUCCUGACUGGACUGGAAGGUCGUGGCACGAGAUGCUAGAACGGUCAGGGGCGCGGAUGACGCUCUGCCCAUGCACGGUGUCACCGAGCCGCAGCCGUAUCCGACUUGCCAUCUUUCAGAUUUUCCUGUGCGAGGCAUGCCUGGAAGUCAUUUAAGCCAAAACAGCAGCAGCAGUAGUAUUGUCACCGGAGUGCGCAAAAACACAAUCGAGCUGCUAUACUUAUGUUUGCUUUUUGUUGAAAGUUAAUAUGAUGCUUUAAACUUCAGUGGUGGGAAGCAACAAGCGCCUUUAUUUUCUGGCAAGGCAUCUUUUAUCCAGCUACAGCACUUCUGGGAUCUUAUUCAUGCGCGUAUUCCCUUUGAAAAGGUGCACAGGACGGCACAAGUCAAUUCGACUACACGUGUCUUCAGAGUUCGGUUUUGUCGUCAAAGCAGACUUUUGCUUCCAGUAUACAAUAUUUGGGAUUUUGCCAACAUUCAUUUUUUAAAACAUAUAUGUAUAUUUGAGCUUGCCGGAUUCCUUUAAAUAACAGAUGCGUGCAGCACGCGUAACAUAAAUCAAUACGUGCUUGCAGCAGCUGUACACCCGAUCCUCUGGGGUUAUACAUUUGGGAUUUUUAAAAAUUGUAAAUCGGGAAUUACCGUCUUUAAAAUGGGAGCAGCUACGAAACUAGCAUUUGCCGUUUUCCUUAUCUCCUGUUCCUCAGGUGCAAUCCUUGGCCGUUCAGAAACACAGGAGUGCAUUUUCUACAAUGCCAACUGGGAGAAGGACAGAACAAAUCGCAGUGGCAUUGAACCUUGUUAUGGUGAGAAAGAUAAAAGAAGGCACUGUUUUGCUACGUGGAAGAACAUUUCAGGAUCUGUUGAAAUUGUUAAGCAAGGUUGCUGGCUAGAUGACAUCAACUGCUAUGAUAGAAAUGACUGUGUGGAAAAGAAAGAGAGUCCUGAUGUUUUCUUCUGCUGCUGUGAAGGCAACAUGUGUAAUGAGAAGUUUUUUUAUACUCCUGAAACUGUGGGAAUACAGCGCUCCUAUUCCCCUCUGCCUUCUGGGCACCUCUCAACUCUUCACACGGCCACAUCUAAUCCUGUUACACCAAAUACUCUAUUAUUUCACAUAUUACUUUAUUCCCUUGUGCCGAUUAUGGGGAUAGCUGUCAUCAUCCUGUUUUCAUUUUGGAUGUACAGACACCACAAGCUUGCAUAUCCUCCUGUUUUGGUACCCACACAACACGCCUUUCAUAUAAUGAUAGAGGAUCCUGGGCCCCCGCCACCAUCUCCAUUACUUGGCCAGAAGCCAUUACAGUUACUGGAGCUCAAAGCUAGAGGUCGCUUUGGUUGUGUUUGGAAGGCACAACUUUUAAAUGAAUAUGUGGCUGUCAAAGUAUUUCCAAUUCAGAAUAAACAGUCAUGGCAGAAUGAAUAUGAAAUCUACAGUUUGUCUGGAAUGAAACAUGACAACAUCCUCCAAUUCAUUGGUGCAGAAAAACGAGGAACUAAUCUAGACGUGGAGCUCUGGUUGAUAACAGCUUUUCAUGAUAAGGGUUCACUCACUGAUUAUCUUAAAGCAAAUGUGGUUAGCUGGAAUGAGCUGUGCCACAUAGCUCAGACCAUGGCCAGGGGACUGGCCUACCUUCAUGAAGAUAUCCCAGGAUUGAAAGACGGUCACAAACCAGCUGUAGCUCACAGGGAUAUUAAAAGCAAGAAUAUACUUCUGAAAUCCAACCUGACGGCAUGUAUAGCGGACUUUGGAUUGGCUCUAAAGUUUGAAGCUGGAAAAUCAGCAGGGGAUACUCAUGGUCAAGUUGGCACAAGGCGGUAUAUGGCACCAGAGGUACUUGAAGGUGCUAUUAAUUUUCAAAGGGAUGCCUUCCUUAGGAUAGACAUGUAUGCACUGGGAUUGGUAUUGUGGGAGCUUGCAGCACGAUGUACAGCAGCUGAUGGUCCAGUUGAUGAGUACAUGCUGCCAUUUGAAGAGGAAGUUGGGCAGCAUCCAUCAUUGGAGGAUAUGCAAGAAAUUGUGGUUCAUAAAAAAAUUAGACCAGUUUUAAGAGAAUGUUGGCAAAAGCAUGCGGGCCUGGCAAUGUUGUGUGAAACCAUAGAAGAAUGCUGGGAUCAUGAAGCCGAAGCCCGGCUGUCAGCAGGUUGUGUGGAAGAAAGGAUUAUUCAGAUGCAAAGACUGACAAACACCAUCACAUCUGAGGACAUUGUUACAGUAGUCACUAUGGUGACAAACGUAGACUUUCCACCAAAAGAAUCCAGUCUAUGAUGGUUCAGCUUCUCAAGAGAGAAAUACGCAUUGACCAGUCAGACUCUACCCAGGAGCUGCUUAGACUGUGUGAGCUGGUUACCAUUCUGACCACUGCAUCAGAACAGUACAGCAGCCAACAAAUACUUUGAAGCAACAGGACGGGUCCCAUUUCUACUAUGCAUUGACUUCGGGAAUACAGGGGAAAAACGAGACGACAAUGAGUGAUGGAGGAUGAAUUCCUGAUUGUUGACAAGCUGAUUGCAAGAAGGGGGAAAACAAAAAAAAAAAUCAGCCGGCAGAUUUUUUUUUCUUUUGUUUUGUUUUUUUUAAACAAAGAGAGUGGAUAUACAGUAUAUGUAAGCAUCGUCAUACAUUGGAAAAGGACUUUGUAAUUUAAGGCUAUUAAAAUGUCAGGUAUAUAUAUUUUUUUUAUACCUGACUGAAAAACUAAAAAAGAAAAAAAUAUGAAAUAAGACUUCCCAGAAAAGACAAUUGAUAGUUUUUUAAGAAAAGAAAAAACUGAAAACAAAAAUAACAGUUCAUUUCAUUUCAGUAUAAAAAAAAAAAAAAAAAAAAGGGCAACUUGUUUUUAAUGCAUUUGCUGUUUUGUGUUUAUAUGAUUGACUAUUGUAAUGCCAAUAUGAAACAGCUUGUGAAUGUUUAGUGUGCUGCUGCUGCUGUACGUAUAUCAACUACAAUGGUAAUCAAGGUUAUGUGGUGGGAUUCGCUUCCAAGCAUUACUUCUAAAUAACCAUGAACCUCCCUCAACAAGGUAUACCUCAGUUCCACAUCGACGGAAUAUUGAUUUUAUGUUAACACUAAAACAAUUGGAAAACAUCAGUGGAUCUCUGCUUGGUAUUUACACUUAAAUUAAGUGGAUAAACACACUAUGGAAGAGCAAAGUGCUCGCUCUGUCUAUGCCAACAGAAAACGGCCAUUCAUGAAAACAGUGUUUCUGCUCAUUAUUGUUUAAGCUUCUCUCUCUUAUUUGACCUGCUUUUUUUAAUGAUUAUUUUUUUUUAUAAUAUUUUAAAUUACUUUGUAUUGUUGUUUUUAGAAAAAAAGCUUGAUAAUCUAUACCAUUACCCAACGUAUUUAAUUUAAAAUAAGAUUUGAAAGCACUUCCCCAUUUUAGGUUUGCUGUGUAAAUCAGGAAUAAGGUUAUGCGCAUGACUUUUUGAUUUUAUUCCCUUGUAAACUGACACUGGUAUUCCCAAGCGGAAUUUUGUGUGUUUUUUUUUUUUUUGUUUCUUUGUUUGUUUAAGUUUUGUAAGACUGUAAUUUAGUGUUUUUAUGCCAAUCGCUUUUCCCCACCGCAUGAUUUUUGUGUUGCUUUUCUGUACCUGUUACUUGACGCCCAGUCCAAGCUCUGCUGGUUUCACUGUAUCAGAUACGCCUCAGGAAUCUUUACUUUCUCAACCCCCUCUCUCUGCUUUGAGCCACAAGUCAAGAUCAUUUUGGUGCCAUCAUUUACAAUAAAUGUUCAAAAAUCGGGGUGUGGAUUCGGCCCCGGUGUUAGGAUGUAAGCCACAUUAAAUUUCAAACCAGGGGACAAACACGUACUGAAUGUCGUUGUAUGUGUUUCAAGAUUA